AUGCUCUCGCACUCCUUAAUCUCUGAGGUCACUACCUCAUCAACAUUCCAUCGCUGUUGCUUCUUGCAGGUUGUUCGGUGCUUGCUCAUUGAGCCUUAUCCGGAGUCAGCUCUUAACGAGGAUGCAGGCAAGCUUCUUCUCGAGGACUAUGAGGCCUACGCGAAACAUGCUCGCCUGUUUACGUCCAUCCAUGCCCCAUCUUCAGCAGCAGCAGGUGUCAGCAUGAGCCGCUCCAAGUCCAUGCCGCAGCAUGCCGCUUCCCAACCAGGUCAACAAAGUCAACCAGGUCAACACCCGUCAUGCCCCCACCACACGCUUCGCCAGAGCGUCUCUGCUUCAGACCACCUCGCUCCUGGCGCUGCUUCUGCUGCCGCUGCCGCUGCCGCCGCUGCUGUUGCAGAAAUGGCAGGUUCCACAGCUGCUGCUGCUGCUGCUGCUGUCUCUGUGUCUCCGUCUGCCCUUGCUGCCGGUGGUGCUGGUGGUGGGAGUGCUCCUCUUGCUCCCAACCGCUCUAUUGCCAAUGCUGAUGUGCAGAGGGAGGAGGGUGUGGGUGUUGCAGCUGGGGGGUCAACCGGGGGCCUGCGCAGUGCAGGCAGCACGCUGGCUCUCUCCCGCGCUCGCAGCAGCAGUAGUCGCCUGCGUCCUCCUCCCGCUGCCCCUCCCCCUCCCUCCGCAGCACACUCCACCCGCGAUGGAGCAAGGCAGGGCAGCAGGCAGCAGAUCGCUGGGCAGUGCGUGGGGCAGGUCGUGGGGCAGUGCGUGGAACAGUGGGCUUUCAGGUGCCCCGGUCGCUCUCAGGUGGGCUCUCAGGUGCCCCAGUCGCUCUCAGGUGCGCCUCAGGUGCCUCAGUCGCUCUCAGGUGGGCUCUCAGGUGGCCCAUUCGCUCUCAGGUGCCCCAGUCGCUCUCAGGUGUGCUGUCAGGUGCCCCAGUCGCUCUCAGUCUCCCUCGUCUCCAUUCUCUCGGUCCACCUGCAUUUCGCCCCUAUGCUCUCCCCACCAUCAGAGGAUGACAGGAAGCCGCGGCGGAUUCAGAAGCCCAAGACACCAGCAGCAGAGAAGUGUUUGCGCAAGUGUGUGGGCACGUGCAUAAGAGGAGGGGCAGGAGCACCUGGGGAAGGGCCCAUCAACGUGGAGAGGCCUAUUGUGGUUUUCAAAUCCGAAUUCAGAUCAAGACAAUAUUGCCUAGUGGAAUGUAGUGAGAUCUGCAACCUAUUGUCAGAUGCAAAGAGCAAGCCAUGA